CUCCAUAGCCAACAAAUGAUGCUAACACAGAAGACACUAGCCAAUACAGUUAUAGCAAAGAAUCAAAUCUCAAACACAGAUAGCAAAGACAAAGAAGAGAUGGAAGGUUUCUGCUCUGGGAAGGACUUCAAAAUUGGAGAAUGCGAUGGACAGAAGGUCGUUGACGGCGAGGUUAUGCCGUUAGUCCUCCUGCCUAUAGAGUCCAACAAACGGGACCUCGACUCCCUCCUCUCUGUGCUGAGGAAGAACAAAGACUGGUUCGAGCAGAUGAUCAUAAAAAAUAGCGCAGUGCUGCUCCGAGGGUUCGAUGUUCAGAAUGCACAGGACUUCAAUGAGGUCGUUGAGACCUUCGGAUGGGAGGACAUGCGUUAUGUUGGACCGGCGCCUCGAGCCCACAUCUACAAGCGGGUGUGGACAGCCAACGAGGGUCCACUAUCGGAGUUCAUUUACUACCACCACGAGAUGGUCCUGUUUAAGGAAUGUCCGAAGAAGUUGAUGCUCUUCUGCGAGGUGCCACCACCAGAAGGAGGGGAGACUCCAUUUGUGCCAAGCUUCCGGGUGACGGAACGGAUGCUGGUGGAGUUCCCGGAAGCAGUGGAAGAAAUGGAGGCAAAGGGCUUAAGGUACACCUUCUCGGCGCUGAGCAAGAACGACACCUCCUCAAUGAGGGGCCGAGGCUGGGAGGACGCUUUUGGAACGUCCGAUCGUCGUGAAGCCGAGUGCAGAGCUAAUGCUCUCGGUAUGGAGAUCGAGUGGCUUCCAAAUGGGGGAGCCAAGACCAUCCUGGGCCCGCGGUCUCUGACAAAGGUCUUCGAGGGAAGGAAAGGGAGGAGGAUGUGGUUCAACACAGUGGUCGGGAUGCACGGGAAGGAGUACAGCUCGGCAACAAUGGCUGAUGGGAGCGAGAUCCCAGCCAAUGUGGCAAAGAGGUGCGGAGAGAUCAUUGAAGAAGAGAGCAUUCAGUUCAAGUGGGAGAAGGGAGAUGUCCUCUUCUUCGAUAACUUGGCCUUGCUCCACGGCCGGAGGCCUUCCCUCCCACCGAGACGAGUCCUCGUCACCACCUGCAAAUAAGUUUCGAAUGCUAUGCAUCCACACCACAAUAAUAACGACUCGAUUUGCAUUGAUAACUGAUAAGAUCUGUAAGAAGGGACAA